AUGGAUACGGAGAGUCCGCCAAGAUCAGGCGCCGGUCACGGAUGGCUCGGCGCGCAGCAGGCGUUGAGCGGAGGCGGCGAGCGAGUGGUGUCGCUGCUGGUGGGCUCUGAGCGGACGCAGUUCCUCUGCAACGCGUCGCUGCUCUCGCGCCACUCGCCCUUCCUCGCCUCGCUGCUCAGCGACCGCUGGUCCGCCGCUGCCCCCCGCAUCCGCACGGAUGACGCGGGGGGAGCUGCGCGAGAGGGUGUGGCGCGAGAGGAGCGCGGGGAAGCGCGAGACGAUCUGGGUAAUGAGGAGCUGGAUUCGCUUCGAGGCACGCUGGACUUCCUCAAGGUCGACAUGCACACGCCUAAUGCACACGCUGCCAGAGAGUUCUCCAGCAAGGGAGGAGUGCCUGCCAGCAGCACCAAUGCAGCCGUCGGCAACGUCCCCCUGACCUCCUUCUCAUGCCCACCUCUGGUGCGGCAGCUGCAGCCAUUGCCGGUGGUUCGCAUACCUCCAGGGUGCAAUGACCCGCUGCUGUUUGAGCAGCCUGAUGAGUUCUCUAAGUUCCGUCUGAACCUCCGCCACCACGCCAUCCUGUGCACCAUCUGCUGGGCCAGCGGCCAGGGGCUCAGGAGCGGCAACAUCUGCGGUCACGGUCACCUCUGGUACUGCUUCUAG